UGGUUGGGCUCACCGCAUUGAACCGCCGUGUCACGCAUCUCCGGGCCCACGCUUUGGCAGGACUCGCUGAUCGACGAGCUUUGACCAUUUUCUUUUUCUCUGCGUGUCGUUUUGAGGACCUCGUUCUCCAUCUUGACCUUGGAUAAUUCCGCCUUUAAUUCGUCGACCAUGGUUUCAAAAAGUUUAGUAGUUUCCGCGACCGUACCCUUCACUAUGCCCUCCAUAAAGGAGGCGUACUUGGUCUGGAAGUCGUCCGCUGACAUCGUAGGGUGCUCGUCUUUCACGCUUGGCGACGAGGAGCCCGCGUUGGAGCAGAAUUUACAGCUUAGUCCAAAUGCGGCGUCAACAUGGCUUCCUCAAAACGUCCCCGCUUUGUGAUCGCGAUGCGCGACUACUGAAAGAGCCGUUCGAUACGCGCAAAUGUUCACUGGAUCGGGACUCACGGGUAUUGAUCUCUGUCAACCCGUCCGCUCACUCCGGCUCGUUUUAAAAAGGAAAUCCAGCAACACGGCGGGAACUUUACGCGCAUGCGCUCCGCGAUGGGUGGUCGCAGCGAGUACCGGACCGACGCGGGUUGUUGUACAUGCGCUCCGUGACGAGUGAUUCGAGGGAAUUGAGCACCCGACUCACAAGUGCCAGUGACCCAUAAGAAUUCGAUUCGGUAAAAUGAAUCGAGUUUCCCAUCACCACUUUGAAUGUUCCAAGAGCCGUGGCGUUCGCCUGCGAGUCGAGUGACUCAUUCAAGUGACGGAUGAUCGGAUGCUACCAUGUCGAACAAUGUCAAUCAUCAACACCCGUUUUCUUGUAGUUUUGUCCCGAGUGUCCGCUUAUUUGCUCAAGACCAGGUCAUCGUUUCAUAAAACCCUUUUUUGAUUCACGAUUGACCCGUUAGUAUUCAUACACGUGUUUGUUUCUGUAUGACUCAUGAAAGUGAAGCGCCCACCACUUCAGUGCCGACAUGUGACGUCACGGCAGGCUAACCGAACUUUAGCGUCCGUCGAAGAAGACAAUGGGCGAAAGUUAGCAAGACGACAUAUCGACAAAGCGCCUGCUUGACGGUUUUAACGGGAAUGCUCAAAGGAAUGCUCAAAGGGUUGGCGAAGGAGCGACGAUGGCGGUGGCUGAAAGAAAGAUGGCGUCGUAGGAGGAGGAACGUUCUCCAAGAGCACGCUUGUGACACGUUGACUGACCAACGCGACCGCUUCCAAGACUUUACAUGGCGAGUUGGCUCUUAGUUUUACGUUAUACAUCGUAGGAACGUAAAUAUACAAUCCAAGAUGGCGGCCAGUGUGUAUCAGAUUGACUGUCCCCUGGGGGAACACGACGUUGAAAGUUCCAAUUAAGAGCAGACGUGUUGACUUGUUGGACAAGCCGUUCCCAAAAGCGGAAGGAGCCCACGUAUGCUAAACGAUGUACUUCCUUCCCGGAUGUUAUUUUAUUGCAACCAUCAUGCUGCAGAUGGAAAUGAAAUGAUGCUGCUACCAGAUGAUGUUUGCUACUGGAGGCAAGCUAUGACCGGAAGUCUUUUUUAACCCAUCAAAUUUUCCCUCCAUGUCCCCUCGGGACCCCCGUAAGUGUUGAUCAUGAAGUGCUUGUCAGGAGUUCAGUAUAUAAUCAAUAAUAAUAUAAUUGUAUUCAAAAAUAUCGUAUGUAUCUUACAAAUAUAUCAAAGUAUCAUUCAACAGCGUGAUUGGUUGAGGACACCAUGGAUUAUAAUCUGUAUACCAUGGAUGAUAAUCUGUUAUAGAUGAUAAUCUGCACGUCACAAAUGGACGCUUUCUUCCUCCCCUCUCGUCUGGAGUCAUUUUCAAUCUCGCCGCAAGAUGGCAGCAGCGUAAAUCACGGAUGCUUUCUCGGUCGUAGAACCACAGAAGAAGAAAAAAGCGGAAACAGCAACGUUUCAGGAAUCGGGACAAAGAGCGAAGGCGACGACGACGAAGACGGCUAAUCGAGUUUUUUUUAAUGUUGAAAAAUCUGAUAAGGGAGAGACUAAUGGCGACAGCCGAUGAAAUAUUCGGCAUGUUUGAAAGAACGAUCGCGGCGUACGAGGAGGAACUUUGUCGGACAAGAGAGGAGAACGAGCGACAACGACAACAACUGGACUCGGUGAGCGAGACCGGAAGUGUCCAAGCAGUUCAAGACGCCCAGCAGCUGCAGGGGGUGGGGUCAGCUUUGAAGCGGGAAGACCCCCGGCCCCUCCCUGUGAAGGAGGAGGAGGCGGAUUGGACCGUCUUCUCGGUGAAGAUCGAAGACGACGAAGAGGAGGAAGCAGCCGAGCUCUUGGCUCCGUUGUCGGACGGCGAGGCUGAGGGCGGGGUCCAACGAGCUUUGAGUGGCGACGCAGCCGGCGAAGGCGCUGACGACAGACAGCCCGAGCGCUGCGACGAGGACGCCGGUCAAGAAGGUCUGACAGAAGGUCCGACCUGCUCCGUUUGCAGGAAAAGCUCUGCCAAAAGGAGCCAUUUGAAGGAGCAUGAUGUGCAGACGCACACCGGAGAAAAACCAUUUAGCUGCGCAGUUUGUGGCGACAGGUUUGCUCAGAGGUCGACACACAGCACGCACACUGGAGAGAAACCCUUUACAUGCUCAGUCUGUGACAAAAGAUUCUCUUACCACUCCACUAUGGCGUCGCACAUGAUAACGCACACGGGAGAGAAACCCUUUCCAUGUUUACUCUGCGCCAAGAGCUUUUCAUACAAGGGCAAUUUGAGUGCACACAUGCAGACACACAAACCAGAGAAACCCUUUAGGUGCUCGGUUUGUGAGAAGAGGUUCUCUUAUAAAAGUAAUUUGAAUGCCCACAUGCAGACCCACAAAACGGAAAAAGCCUUUAGGUGCCCUGUUUGCGGGAAAGGAUUCUCUCAGAAUGCCACGCUGGUGUCGCACGUGAGAACACACGGGUGAAAAACCCUUCGGUUGCUCAGUGUGCGAUAAAAGAUUCUCUCAGAAUGCAACUCUGGUGUCGCACAUGAGGACGCACACUGGGGAAAAACCCUUUAGUUGCUCAACUUGCAGCGAGAGCUUUUCUAACAGAUCCAACUUGACGCAACACAUGCAGACACACAAAGCCGAAAAAACCUUCAGCUGCUCCGUCUGUGAUAAGAGUUUUUCUUACAACAGCACUUUGUACGCACACAUGCAGACGCACAACACAGAAAAAGCCUUCAGGUGUUCCUUUUGUGGCAAAAGAUUCACUCAGAAGGUUCACAUGGAGUCCCACAUGAGAACGCAUACGGGAGAAAGACCGUUUAGAUGCUCAGUUUGCUCAAAAAGAUUCUCUCACAACACCACCCUCGUGUCCCACAUGAGAAUGCACACGGGAGAAAAACCUUUUAGUUGCUCAGUAUGCGGUGAUACAUUUUCUCACAGGUACAGCGUGACUCAGCACAUGCGGACGCACGAAAGCGAAAAACCCUUUGGCUGCUCGGCCUGUGGCAAAAGAUUCACUCAGAAGGCGCACAUGGAGUCCCACGCGAGGACGCACACAGGCGAAAAACCCUUUAGUUGCUCCGUUUGUGGGAAAAACUAUUCUUAUAAGAAAACCUUUGCAGCGCACAUGCUGACGCACGGCGGAGAAUAGAAGCCCCCCCCCCAUCCGGUUUGGUCUGGAAAGGGACGAUACCAAGUUAGCAUGCUAUUCUUUCCAACGUCAGAAGACACUUCUUCGAUCGUUGCCAUCACGCGCUCUUUCAAAUAAAAAGCGUUUGGAUGGUGA